AUAGGAACCAAAUGGCCAAUAGAGCUCUCAAGCUCGGGGUUUUCGGAUUGAAAACAAACAGGAAACGAUGGAAUGCAAAGAGCUUAAGUUUGUAAAACAUAGUAACAACCUUUCAAAUGUAGCAAAAUAAAACUAUAAAUGCAUACUAAGUGUAGCCGAGUUUAAUAAAUUACUUCGCAUUUGCAAUGACAAUCUAUCUCCGUUUUUGAACACAUCUGUAGCUAGCUAGCGUUAGGUGCCUUCCACUUCCGCGUUCAGAGCGUUUUCCUCUCCGCGACAUACUCCAUAUACUCCAACUUUUCAACCGGACAUCUUAAUUGGCGGCCGUUGUUUUGUUUUGUUUUGGGGUUUUUUUCCAAGCCAGUUUUAAGGAGGUUGAUUGACUGACGUCAACCACCCACAUUAGCAUGGACUGUGAAGACGCCCACAAUGGGCGGGGGUUAUCAGGAGCUCACUGUUCUAAUCCAGCCAGAAACAUAAUCGGAGCAGAGGAUGAGGACUUUGAGAAUGAUCUGGACCUGACAGUGGAUGAUCAGUGCAGUCAUUUUACCAGUAUCGAACUGUUGAAAAACAAACCAACCCACCUGCUGGUCUUCCUGCAUCACGUCAUCCUUCAGUUUGACUGUGCUCCUCUGUUGUGCUACCUGCAUGCUGACCUCUUCAGGAGCCUCAGUGCCAAAGAGACCAAGAAACAAUUUGUGGACUUCUACAACAAUUUCUUGGAUAAAGGAGCAAUUCUCAGAGUAACUGUACCAUCCCAAAUAGCAUACGAGUUAGACCGCACUCGUCCAGACCUCAUCAAUGAGGACCAGCAGAAGCGAUUUGCUCUGGAAAUGCAGAGGAUGCAAACCCUGGAGAUCCUGCGGCAGCUUGAAGACUUCAGGCAGAAGAGGAUGAUGGGAAUGACCCCCAAUGAACAGGAGCUGACCGAGGUGGAGAAUCACUAUCCAACAGACCGUGUUCCCAGAGAAAUGAAGGAAAAAGCAGUGGCUGAGAGACUUCUAGAGAAGUUGACUGAAACCAACCCUGCGAUUGUUGCAGAUGAAGAUAAAUGUUCUGCCAUCUUUGGAGCAGUGGCUUUCUACAUGAAGCAUCUGGGAGUGAAGAGCAGAGCACCAGACAGCAAGAAGGGCAAAGGAUUUUUCAGGAGAAAGGUUCAAAAGAAGGAUGAAAAGUCCAAGGUCCUCAGUAUCUUGAGGAUCGGAGGCAGCAAUGAGGUCAAAGUGAGAAUGGACAAUGAAGGUGAUAAGGAGAGGAAUAAUGAACGGAAGAAUCAUUUGAGCAUCACAACACAUCGUGCCUCCACUGCAGAUGGAAGUGCAUUACCCAUCGUGGGUCGCAAACCCGGUGUGACGGGGCCUUGCACAGAGAGCAGCGAGAUGCCAAACAGCAACAUUAUUGUUAUUUCCAGCCCUGAAACUUCCCAGCCUGAGACAGGUCAGUCCAGCAGUCGUUCGGACCACCAGUCUGUAUCAGACAGCGGAGACGUAUCUCCUGCAUGCUCCAAUGUUGGCAUUGCUGUCUGGGAUCCUUCACCUUCUACUGACAUGCCUUUAGAAGAGAGUCAUGAAAAGGACAGACGGAAGACAAGGAGUGUGCGCCGCAGUGAGAGUCUGUGUGUGGAUCGCUGCCACUCUCGCCGAGUUGGCUCUACUCGGGCUAAACAAUCUCGUUCCCGUAGCGAUGUGGACCUUCAGUCGACUUCCACUUCCCAACCCCCUUCACCUUUCCCCCAGUCCUCCAACCCUUCCUUUUUGGAUAACCAAGUGUUGCCACCUGAUGGCUCUGGUGUACUCAAUGCCCCUGGCUCCUUAACUCAGCAAGAGGAAGUAGAGCCCCGGCUCCUGGAAUUAGAGCAGGACCCGCCCAACUGGAGAGAACUGGCUUCCAGCGAGGUUCUAAGUAAACUUACUAAGAAAGAGACCAAAAGACAGGAAGUCAUCAAUGAGUUGUUUGCAACAGAGCAUGCCCACGUGCGCAUGCUGAGUGUGCUACAGACAGUGUUUUCUCGUCCACUGGAAAGAGAGGCAAUUGUGGAUAGUACUGAGCUGGCUACCAUCUUCCCUAGUUUGGAUGAGAUUAUAGAGAUGCACUAUGCUUUCUACGAGAAUCUGAAGAAGCUACGCCAAGAAGAUAACUUUGUGGUUAAACAUAUCAGCACUCCGCUGCUCAACAGAUUUAAUGGCUCAGAGGGUGAAUGGUUCCAGAAGCUCACAGCUCGUUUCUGUAGUCGUCAGUCGUGGACUCUGGUUCAAAUCAAGAACAAACAGAAGAAAGAUCCCCGAUUCAAUGCCUUCAUACUGGAGGCUGAAAGUAAGCCACAGUGCAGAAGAUUACAGCUGAAGGACAUCAUCCCCAUUGAGAUGCAGAGACUAACAAAGUACCCACUGCUGUUGGAAAACAUUGCCAAGAGCACAGAAGAUGUGGUGGAAAAAGAAAAUAUCCAACAGGCUGCUGAGUGCUGCCGUAAGAUCCUAAACCAUGUCAAUGAGGAGGUGAAAUACAUGGAGAAUCUUCUGACUUUAAAAGACUAUCAGCGCAGGUUGGACACUUCAGGGCUGAAGCCCAGCAAUGAGCUCUACACAGAGUACAAGAGCUUUGACUUGACAUCAAGAAGCAUGGUUUACGAGGGGCCACUUACAUGGAGGGUGACUAAGGAGAAAGCUCUAGAUGUUCAAGGUGUGUUGCUGGGAGACCUGUUGGUCCUUCUGCAGAAACAAGAUGAUAAGAUGCUCUUGAAAUGCCAGAGUAAGAGUAUUGGUGCUUCCCAGGAGGGCAAACAAAUGCUCAGCCCCAUCAUAAAGCUGGAUUCAGCUUUCCUCCGAGAUGUGGCCACAGAUAAUAAGGCCUUCUAUGUUAUCUUCGCUUGGGAGAGUGGAGCACAGAUCUAUGAACUUGUGGCCCAGUCUGUUGCUGAACGGAAAACAUGGACAGAUUUGAUAAAGUCAUCAGUAGAGGAGUUGAAAAAGAGUGGCGGACAUACACUGGAAAGGAUGAGGCAUGGUAGCAUGGCAAGUAGCAGCUCCACACUGCCAUAUAGUGCCUCACUGAACCCCCCUCUCAGCCCCAUUGACAAUGGACCAGACAUGCUGAAAAACUCUGGUCAAUACAAGGACAGCCUCACGAAUGAAAAGUUCAGACACACUCAGCCCUCACUGAUUGACUGCUUAGCUGCCAAUGGAUUUGACCCACUGGGUUACAGCAAUGCCCCUCCAGAACGGUCCGCCACUGUGGCUUUGGAUGAAGUUAUGUCCUUGAAGACACUGUUAGUCGGAAGUACUUGUCUGUCCAAGAAUGCCCAGCCUGAUGUGGAGAGCGGAGCAGAGCCGGGGAAGCAGGAAAAUGAUGGAAGUCAAUCACAAGUGGAAGAGCACAAUAUGGAGUCGCAGGAGGAUAGGCAGGAUGAAGAGACUAAAGGAGAUGAGCAGAAAGCAGUAAUUGCUCCUCUAGUGCUUUCACAGGAGCAGAUGGAGGAGGUCAGCAGAAAACUGGAGAGUCUGGAAGAACAAGUGAAGAGACUACAGAAUGUGGAGGACGAGUAUCACAGGCUACAAGUAACCCUUGCUAAGUUCACUAUUCAAAGAGGCAACUACAACUGAGGAAUAUUCCAACCUGCUGUUCACCAGAUUGUCUGUAGCCCCAACCCAGUGAUGUGCUGAAAGAGUCGCUGACAGGAAGGAGAGAGAAAAAAGAGACUGUUUAGUUGUGAGUGUGUGUGUGCGCUUGCAUGUGUUUGUGUGUGUGUGUUUAUUUUAUGCAGAACUCCUGGCCCAAAAUGCAGAUGGUCAGGAUAGAAAAAAAUAUACUCAUCUAUGUGUGUUUUGAAAGAACAGCUCUUGAGCGCACGUGAAGCAAAGACGAGGGUUAAAAGUUGGAGAGACGUGGUGAGGAAGGGGAUUGAUUUUGUAGAAUAAUGCCAAGUGAAACUGGGUUGAAAUCUGCUGAUAUGCAUAUGCUUAUAUGUAUAUGCUUAAGUGUGACAUGGAGUCUGGAAAUAUUUGUGUGGAAAUGGAGUUCCUCAC